AUGGAUCAUUUGAACGAGGCAACUCAGGGGAAAGAGCAUUCAGAAAUGUCUAACAAUGUGAGUGAUCCGAAGGGUCCACCAGCCAAGAUUGCCCGCCUGGAGCAGAACGGGAGCCCACUAGGAAGAGGAAGGCUUGGAAGCACAGGUGCAAAGAUGCAGGGAGUGCCUUUAAAACACUCGGGCCAUCUGAUGAAAACCAACCUUAGGAAAGGAACCAUGCUCCCAGUUUUCUGCGUGGUGGAACAUUACGAGAACGCCAUUGAGUAUGAUUGCAAGGAGGAACACGCAGAAUUUGUGUUGGUGAGAAAGGAUAUGCUUUUCAACCAGCUGAUCGAGAUGGCGUUGCUGUCUCUAGGCUACUCGCACAGCUCGGCUGCCCAGGCCAAAGGGCUCAUCCAGGUGGGGAAGUGGAAUCCAGUUCCACUGUCCUAUGUGACAGAUGCCCCUGAUGCUACGGUAGCAGAUAUGCUUCAAGAUGUGUAUCAUGUGGUCACGCUCAAAAUCCAGUUACACAGUUGCCCCAAACUGGAAGACUUGCCUCCCGAACAGUGGUCGCACACCACAGUAAGGAAUGCUCUGAAGGACUUACUGAAAGAUAUGAAUCAGAGUUCGUUGGCCAAGGAGUGCCCCCUUUCACAGAGUAUGAUCUCCUCCAUUGUGAACAGCACGUACUAUGCAAAUGUCUCAGCAGCAAAAUGUCAAGAAUUUGGAAGGUGGUACAAACAUUUCAAGAAGACAAAGGAUAUGAUGGUUGAAAUGGAUAGUCUGUCUGAACUAUCCCAGCAAGGCACCAACCACGUCAAUUUUGGCCAGCAGCCGGUCCCAGGGAACACAGCUGAGCAGCCUCCAUCCCCUGCACAGCUCUCCCAUGGCAGCCAGCCCUCUGUCCGGACCCCUCUUCCGAACCUGCACCCUGGGCUUGUGUCAACACCUAUCAGUCCUCAGCUGGUCAACCAGCAGCUGGUGAUGGCGCAGUUGCUGAACCAGCAGUACGCAGUGAACAGACUCUUAGCCCAGCAGUCCUUAAACCAACAAUACUUGAACCACCCUCCCCCUGUCAGUAGGUCUAUGAAUAAGCCUUUGGAGCAGCAGGUUUCGACAAACACGGAGGUCUCUUCAGAAAUCUACCAGUGGGUGCGGGAUGAACUGAAAAGAGCGGGAAUCUCCCAGGCAGUGUUUGCACGUGUGGCUUUUAACAGAACUCAGGGAUUGCUUUCUGAAAUCCUCCGAAAGGAAGAGGACCCCAAGACUGCAUCCCAGUCCUUGCUGGUAAACCUUCGGGCUAUGCAGAAUUUCUUACAGUUGCCAGAAGCUGAAAGAGACCGGAUAUACCAGGAUGAGAGGGAAAGGAGCUUGAACGCUGCCUCUGCCAUGGGUCCUGCACCGCUGCUGAGCACUCCGCCCAGCCGUCCUCCCCAGGUGAAAACAGCUACUCUUGCCACUGAGAGGAAUGGGAAACCAGAGAACAAUACUAUGAACAUUAAUGCCUCCAUUUAUGACGAGAUUCAGCAGGAAAUGAAGCGUGCUAAAGUGUCCCAAGCACUGUUUGCAAAGGUUGCCGCCACAAAAAGCCAGGGAUGGCUGUGUGAGCUGUUGCGCUGGAAAGAAGAUCCUUCCCCAGAAAACAGGACCCUGUGGGAGAACCUGUCCAUGAUCCGCAGGUUCCUCAGUCUUCCUCAGCCUGAGCGCGAUGCCAUCUAUGAGCAGGAAAGCAACGCUGUGCAUCACCAUGGCGACAGGCCACCCCACAUCAUCCAUGUUCCAGCAGAACAGAUUCAGAGCCCCUCUCCCAGCACCCUUGGCAAAGGAGAGUCUAGAGCUGCUUUCUUACCAGGCCUGCCGAGCCCUGCACCAUGGCCCAAUGCUGCUCCUCAGCAGCCGCAACCGCAGCAGCAGCAGCAGCAGCCACCACCUCCUCCUCCACAGCCGCAGCCCCAGCCCCAGGCAGGCCCCAGGCUGCCCCCACGGCAGCCCACGGUGGCCUCCUCUGCAGAGUCCGACGAGGAAAACCGGCAGAAGACCAGGCCACGAACCAAAAUUUCUGUGGAAGCCCUGGGGAUCCUUCAGAGCUUCAUCCAAGAUGUGGGCCUGUACCCGGAUGAAGAGGCCAUCCAGACUCUGUCUGCACAGCUCGACCUCCCCAAGUACACCAUCAUCAAGUUCUUUCAGAACCAGCGGUACUAUCUCAAGCACCACGGCAAACUGAAGGACAACUCCGGCUUGGAAGUGGAUGUGGCGGAAUACAAAGAGGAGGAGUUGCUGAAGGAUUUGGAAGAGAGUGUCCAGGAUAAAAACGCCAACACCCUGUUUUCUGUGAAACUGGAGGAGGAGCUGUCAGUGGAAGGGAGCACGGACAUUAACGCCGACUUGAAAGACUGAGAAAAGUGUUAUUUUCAUCGUACCACUGGUAUUUACUAACAAAAUGAAAAGCCCACCUUGUGUUCGCGCAGAAAACCUUCAUUGUUUAUUGUUUGGCCAAUAAAUCUUCAGAAACUUGCACAAACAGGAAGUUGGAAGGACUUGACAGACCGCACUGAAGUGGGUUUUACUGUUUUCCGGACUGCAAGGCAGCCCCAGUGAAGCGUCCUGCGUUGUCUGAUGGUAGAGUUUGUGUUCAAGGGCUGCACCACGGUGUGCGCCCUGUCAGCAUGAUACCAGAGAUUGGUUUUCCUUUUAAUUAUUACUAUUCUGGAGCCUCAAAUAAGCAUUAUAACUUCUGUGAUUAUGAUUGCCUUUCCUUUCAUUAUUUCUGUAACACUCCACACUGGUCUUUGGAAACUGGCCCCUUAUUUUAAAGAGAAAAAGGAAAAAAAAAAUGAGUUUGUUACUCGAUUGUAUGUUAAAAGAAGAACUAUAGACUGUGGAAUGCAGUUUAAAGAUGACAUAUGCCAACAAAUGCCUUGUAUUAUAUGGCACUGCCGUAAUUAAAAUUUGUUUUUUAUUUUGGAAAUAAAAGUUCACUGUAAUUUUUUUUCAUUCUCAUUGUUACAUGAUUUUUUUUAAGGAAAAGAAAAUGUGAAACACAAUUUAGUCCUCCUUAUUUAUUUGUAGAUCCUGCAGCAUCAUGUUGUAAUUAAGUUUUUGAAAGUUUCUGUUAAAUGUAAUGUUGCUUCUCGUUACCAUACUGAUUUCCUUUCUAUUUAUAACUGUAUUUUGAUGGGCAGUAAAACAAAGUGUCUUAAAAGUUUUAAAUAGAGAAAAUGUGCUUUACACAGUUGCCUAUAAAAGUCUAUGUUAUCCAAGCAAUUCACUCUAGAAGCUUCACUCUCGUUGUUGUAUGCAAUUUUUACUAUCAUGCAAAUAAGCUUAGGUAAAUAAAACUAAUAGAUCACCUUAGAAAAUUAUGCAAUUAAUGUGAAAAUAAUUGAUGUUUGCAAUGUGUCUUCCUUUGGUUUACACUCAACUUUAAAGCGACAUCUGUAUGAAAUUUCUGUAUAAAGGUGUAUUUCUUUUUUUAUGAGUUUAUGACUAUGAAAACACCAGCUAUUUUGUUACAGCUGCUGUUUUUAUAAGUGUAUCACAAUUUUCUUUAUGCAGAGAUGUGCUGAUUAGGAGUGGUUAUUGACUGUAACUACACGAUUAAAAUUGUUUGUAUGGUA